UGACCGAUCCAUGGAGACGUAUACAUCAUGGCUGCCAUGACCAGCACCGUUGAGGAUUUGAAAAAUGAACAAGUGCCACAAUGCCUGUACUGGACCGUGGAUCAAGUUGUGGACUGGAUCGAUAAUUUAGGAUUUCCAUAUUACAAGGCUUGUUUUGCUACAAACAUGAUCAAUGGACGAAAACUAGUCACUAUUGAGGCUAAAGCUCUACCCAGUAUUGGUAUCACAGAUUUUGAACACAUAAAGAUAAUCGCAAAAAGCAUUCGUGACAUGCUGAAUCUUGAGGAGCCUGACUGGACAAGGAGUAUCUCACUGCCUCCUCGUAAUGAUAUAGGUAUGUACGUAGAAAGGAAAAGUGGAACAGGGAAGAACAUUGACAGUUUGACAUUUAAUAAAUUCCUUCAGGACUUCAAGGAUGCUAAGUGGAGACCCCCUCUAGCCAACCACUGCCUGAUUCUACCACGGUGUUAAAACGUCUGUACUCUGCAAUUAACUGCAUGGCAAUAUCACUUUCUACUUGACAUGUUGUAAGAAAUAGAUCUUGAACUACUUGGCAUCUUCAGUGUGGGCAGUGAACAUCUGCUAUAUAUACAGAUGUAAGCAUUAUGCUUAUGUUACUGGACACUGUAUAUUUUUGUCUUGGACCCAAGAUUUGUUGACAUUUGAUGGACUGUACCUUAAAGACAACUGACAGAUGGAGACAUUUUACGUAUAUAUAUCUAUAUUACAGCCAAAACUGAAGCAAAGUAUGUUAAAUCAGCCAGAUUUUACAGAUUUCUUUUAUUCUUCUAUUAACAUGAAAAAUGAAUCCGUAAUUAACUGUGAAACAGUUAUUUCUUUUUUCAUGUGUUGGAAACCAAUGUCUCAAUUAAUCCUUUAAAAACGAUGCUGUGAUAUUGACACAAAUGUUUCGCCUUGUUUAAAUAACACAUGAACAGCCUUUAAUAGACUAAAGUGCAAAUUUCAAACUUAAUGAAUUAUCAAUGUUUAAAAUGAAAUAUCUAAAUAUUACAUUUUAAUAUGUGGAAAGUAAAAGAAAUUAAUGAAAAUUGAAUUUUGAACUUAAGUUUAAAUCCUUUCAUGAUUUAGUUCCUGUCUGGUUUACUUAGAUUCACUGAAAGAAUGUCCGUACAAAAUAAACCAGAAGAUAUUUUGCCUAAAGCAUACAGCCCUAGAUCUGGGGCCUAAAACUGACAUCUGCUUCAUACAUAGUCUAUUUUUUGUAUUCAUGACUUUAUUUCAAAAGAACCAAAGACUAAAUUUUUAAUGAACCAUGUGAUUGGCCUACAUAAUAAGCUAUUCAUUAACAGUUUAUAUGGAUACAGUAUAUAUAUUUUAUUAAAGGUACACCGUGACAAAUUCAAAUUCUGUGAUUAGACCUUGUUAUAAAAUUCAUACACAAAAGCCGUCCAUAUGCACAUGAGAUUUACUGCGUAUUUUUUUCAUUUUUUUUUUUUAUUAACUGAUGCUUUAUUUAUUAAGUGAUGAUCUUAAUGUCCUAUAUCCUAUAUGGUUUAUUCUUAUACACAGGUUUUCACUGUCAAAAGGAAACCCCAUGUGUCUUACUAUAAAAAAGACACAUCUUAUACACUGUAGUUAUAUAUAGUAAUACUUGUUAUUCAAAUAUUACACAGCCUGUUAGCUCAGAAUGGUUUUUAUAAAUGAAGAGCAAAUUUAAAAUCCUUAUGUCAGAAAAUUCAAUUGCCAAUUACACUACAUGUAUAUUUACAAUGCACAAGGCAACCAGUUCACUUUACCAAAUAAUGUGCCAAGAAGUUAGACACUUAUGCCAAGUACAGACACAGGGUUGGUGUGUGUACAUGCUUUACAUACCAAAAACCAACUAAAGCAUUGCUAUAUGUGACAAAUCUUUUUUCCGUUAAUUUGAUACAGUGGGUUUUGUGUAAGCUGUGUGCAACAAUAGAAACAUUUUCUAUGCUCUUCAUCUUUUAUGUACAAGUGUAUACAUUCACAUCUGUUAAACUUGCAAAUCUUUUAUUAUUUGUUGAUUUGUUUUGAUAUUAAAUAAAUUAUGUAUUUCAA